AGCUUUAAAUGACUGGAACUAAGAAAACCUGAAUUUUCCAACUCCUCAUUGGCAAAGAAAUAAAGUGCUCUUCCCUCCUCAGAAUGGCUUGGGGUUAUUGGAACGCCACCCCAGCUGCAGAUCGCGGCCGCAGCCCUCGCAAGAAUAAGGAGUUUGGUCAGGACAACCACAACCAUCAUACAUCGCAACCUAGACAUACCCAACCUCUUCCAGUAGUGGAACCUGUUGAAGAAACCCCAUGUUUGCCGCAGGAAUCCUGUUCUUCCGUUGUUAUGCCCAACCAUUCUAGCACCCGUGUAUCAGAAGUGGAGUUUGAAGCCGAGCUUCAAACAUUGUCCAGGAGACCAAGUCUCGAUUUGACCUCAAUGGUGAGCUCUCAAAGUGCCCUGGCGAACAUUUUAUGCCAAGCUCAUGCCAACAAGCAGCAAGGAGGCACAUUGUCGGCAGGAAAUACUUUAACCCGAUUAGGAAGCAGGCAUACUGCAGUCGAAUACGCGGUACCGCAUCAUUUUCAUCAUCAUCAUCACGCCUAUGUGGAAUAUCAUCAAGAUCACAUGUCCCUCUCUGAUGAUGAUAGCAGUUCUGAGCCGGGAUAUGAUUGCAUUCGAACAGUUUAUCCAAACCCACCGACCCAAGGAGCAGCGCCUGGACAAGGAGAUGAUAGAAGUAUUUAUAGAAGAGGCGCCAGACGUUGGAGAAAACUAUAUAGAAUCAAUGGCCAUAUUUUUCAGGCUAAGCGUUUUAAUACGAGGGCAUUUUGUGCCUACUGCCAUGACAGGAUUUGGGGCCUUGGCCGGCAAGGUUUCAAGUGCAUUCAGUGCAAACUGCUUGUGCAUAAGAAAUGCCAUAAAGAGGUCAGUUUAAUCUGCACCAAUGAGCAACAUGUGGACAACAACAUUUGCGAUGAUCGAAAUGGGGAAACCAUGCAAAUCAUCGUCGAUACCCCGCCGGCGAAUUUGGAUUUUCAUAAUUCGUCUGUUCGUGAUUGCAAUAAAACUUGCUUAGAUAAAAAUGAACUAAUUGCUACAGAGGACUCAAACUUGAUUUUAGACGACUUGGAUUACACAGAAAAGCGGCCGUAUUCCCUGAAAGAUUUUGAAUUAAUCCGCGUUAUUGGCAGAGGCUCUUAUGCGAAAGUCCUGAUGGUAGAACUGAAGAAAACUAAGCGCAUUUACGCAAUGAAGGUGAUUAAAAAAGCGUUAGUAGCAGACGACGAAGACAUUGAUUGGGUGCAAACGGAAAAACACGUUUUCGAAACAGCAUCCAAUCACCCGUUUCUAGUCGGUUUACAUUCCUGCUUCCAAACCCCGUCUCGACUGUUUUUUGUCGUCGAAUUCGUUAAAGGCGGCGAUAUGAUGUUUCACAUGCAAAGGCAACGAAAACUGCAUGAAGAGCAUGCCAAGUUCUACGCCGCUGAGAUUUCGUUGGCAUUAAAUUUCCUACAUUGCAAGGGAAUAAUCUAUCGCGAUUUGAAGUUGGAUAAUGUUCUAUUGGACCAUGAGGGCCAUAUCAAGCUGACUGAUUAUGGGAUGUGCAAGGAAGGAAUUAGGCUUGGAGAUACCACUUCGACGUUUUGCGGCACACCAAACUACAUUGCUCCCGAGCUAUUGAGAGGCGAGGAUUAUGGCUUUUCUGUGGAUUGGUGGGCUUUAGGUGUAUUGUUGUACGAAAUGUUGGCAGGACGAUCUCCCUUUGAUAUGGCAGGAGCCUCAGAAAACCCAGACCAAAACACCGAAGAUUAUCUGUUCCAGGUUAUUUUGGAGAAAACUAUUAGGAUCCCCAGAUUUUUGAGCGUUAAAGCCGCAAACGUUCUAAAAGGCUUCCUGAAUAAAAAUCCCUUAGAGAGAUUGGGUUGUGGCAGCAUAGAUCCCUUCUCCGAAAUUACCAAUCAUCAAUUCUUUAGGUCGAUUAAUUGGGAAUUGCUAGAACUAAAACAGGUUCCGCCGCCAUUCAAGCCCCGAUUGGACUCAGACAGGGAUUUGACUAAUUUUCCACCGGAAUUUACUGAUGAGCCUGUACAUCUUACCCCCGAUGAUCCACGUAUCAUUGCACGAAUAGACCAAUCGGAAUUCGAAGGCUUCGAAUACGUAAAUCCUCUUCUAAUGUCUUUGGAGGACUGUGUGUGACAUAACGUUAAUUGUGCGCUGCAUCCGAAUAAUGUGCCGCCGCCCCCGAUUCUUCGCUAUCCGCCGCCUCUUUUGCCGCCUCCGUCGCCGCCCGAGCUGAGUUACGACGACGGUGAGUAUUUGCAGAUUGACGUUCGGCCUCCGACAAAGUCAAUGCUUCAAAACAUAUUCUGCCUUCCUCUAAAUUAAAUUAAACAAUUCCAUUGCACGGAUUAUUGCGUGUAUUGAUAGUUUUAUAGGUAAAUCUAUUGUGUAUAAAUACAAAUGCAGAUUAUAUCAGUACUUAUCGACAAUUAUUAGGAGUGAGGAGCAUUAUUAUACUACUGGACUGUAUUUAUAGACUUGCACUUUUCAAUGUUUCGUCACUGGCUUUGGGAGCCGUGAUUUUGCUUUUUCUCGGGUCAGUUGCCUGAUUUCAGGUUUUCUAACUUAUUACAAUCAUGACAAACUGAAACAGGCAAAGUUGGCGUUGUUAUGGACUCAAAGUUGGUCCAAUUUCUUCCAAUUGGUAUUUGCGUUGAAGUUAUACACUGUGUUAUGCCGCGGCGUGUGUUUUUCUAAACUAUCUGUCUAUUGUCAUUAGCAUUAAUUUUUCUAGAUUUAAUUUAGUUAAACGUUUUUCUAUUGAUUAUGUUAUCAUAUGAGUCGUUAAUGCUUUAAUUUUGUUAAGAGUUUAUAAGUCUAUAAGGCCAUAAAUCGUCUUGCUGAGCUAAGACUAUAUUGUUAAGCAAAUGAAUUAAAUUAAUUAGAUAGAAUGUUAAUGCUAAGUUUUACAUUUAAAUGUCUCAGUAUUAAGUAACUAUUGAAUGUCAGUACUUUGCUCUAAACAGUUAUAUAGAAGUAUAGGUGUUUGGGUUUUGCAUAGUAUAAUUGAAUACGAUUUUUUUUUUAAAUAAAACUACUGUAUUAAUGGGGGAGCAGCUCACAGUUUCUUGCACAAAUCUUAGGUUUUAUUAUGCAGCUGCUCUCACUCAAGCUGUUUAAUAAAUUGUGUUUUCAAACGUUCA